GGCCGGCCGGUGUCACAUUCGUCAACGAUCUCUCCAGGGACUAGGUAAACGCCUUUCGGUUCGCAUCGCACAAGAAAGAAGAAAGGAAAAAAGUUGGAAAGCCCUCUCAAACAUAUACAUAUAUAUAUAUAUAUAUAUAUUGAUUCGUUCAAUUUGAGACGAGUGCGAUCAAAAAGUUUCCAUAUACGCAACGCGACCGUUCGAAACACAAAGUACAAAAUAGAAACGGAGCAAAAACCAGUUUAAACUGUCGAGCUGUCAAUCGACUCUCGAUAUCUCGUUUCGAGUUGGAAUCAACCAUCGCCGUCAGUGUAUUCGAUCAGUGUAAAUUUCUUUCGAAUCAAGAAACAAACGUUAGAGUGACGUGUUCGGUUUAAUCGAGGACCAGAAGUGGACAAGACGACUCCGUGCAAACUCUACUCGGAUCUCAAUUUCGCGGAUCUUAAUUUUCGAUAAGACGGUCAUCGUUUCCCGUGAUGGAGGAUAAAAACCAAUGGGACUAUUCUCUCCAAAAUGGACCCAGCACAUGGGUAACGAAGUUUCCAAUGGCGGCAGGCUCCAGGCAGAGUCCGGUGAACAUUGAAACCGAUCGUGUAGAAUCCGACCACGAGGCUCUAAGUAGCAAACCCCUUCGAUGGAAGUAUCCGGCCACGGCUUCCCGGAAGCUCAUUAAUCCGGGUUAUUGCUGGCGCAUAGACACCGACGGUGUGGGCACACUUUUGAGCGGUGGCCCGCUUAUGGAUGACAUUUACAAACUCGAACAGUAUCAUUGUCACUGGGGAUGCAGCGACUCUAGAGGGUCCGAGCACACCGUGGAUGGACAGGCGUUCGCUGGCGAGUUACAUCUGGUACAUUGGAACACUAGCAAGUACAAUACCUUUGCCGAAGCUGCGAAAGCAUCUGACGGCCUCGCUGUUCUCGGGGUUUUUCUGAAGGUGGGGAAAACUCACCCAGAGAUGGACAAGAUAGCACGGCUGUUGCCGUACGUGUCGCAUAAGGAUGAAGUCGUAGAAAUUGCUGAACCUAUCGAUCCUGGUAAACUACUUCCUGAUGACAAUGGCUACUGGACGUACUUGGGUUCGCUGACAACACCCCCCUGCAACGAGAGCGUCACUUGGAUUUUGUUUAAAAAGUACAUCGAGGUAUCCCAUCAUCAGCUGAACAUAUUCCGGAAUUUGCGAAAGUUUACGCGCGAAGAGGAGUGUCCUUGCCAUGAAAACCAUGGAGCGGUAAUCAACAACUUCCGUCCGCCACUACCGCUCGGAAAUCGCGUGCUAAGGGAGUGCGGCAGCUUCUGAGCCUUUUUCGUUCUGACGCGCGUCGGUCUCUACUAACUAGUCGAUGUCGGCAGAAAAAGGACCGGAAGGAAGGAGCUACACACAGCUUCGCCCCUUUUAUCGAGAUCGAUCGCGAGCCGAUCCCGUUCUGUUCCGUAACCUGAACCUUUCCCCGGGAAAACAAAGUGCCUUUUCACAUAAAAGAUAAAACAUACUUCUAGUUAGGCCGUGCGUUACGCUUGGAUCGAGUCUGGACUCUCGGCACCACGACAUACGGGACGUUCGAUGGCCAUAGCGUAAAAAGCAAAGCACCAAACACACAUGCGUUUCAUUACACACGGGUAUAGAUUACAUUCUUAUUCGACAAUCCAAGAAGGUAACAAACAACGACCUUCCAUUUCCAGCAACGUGUGCAUUUCGUGCGCAUCGAAAUGUUUAUUUCGAGACUAGAUUACGAUUGCUUCGUUAACGGAUCGAUCCAAGAAACGUACGUAAAAUAUGCGUGAAAUUUUAAAGAAUGUAAUCUUUAUAGUCUUGGCGAAUAACGAGAUUCGUUGGACGCUAACGCUUCCGUCCAUUAUUGGCAGAUCCACCAACAGUCUAGCGCAAUUUCUAUGAGAAAUAAAUAUAAUGUUAACCGUAUGAACUACGAUACGGUCCAUGCAUAAAUAUUAUCCAUUUUAUAUCGAAAUAGCAAAUGUUGCCUUUGGAUUGGACUCGAGGAUCGAACGUUCGGCUAGAAAAAUGGGCAUAAAAUUGGAGAAUAUACCAUUAUCUUUCUGCUAAGUAAUUUCAUUUGAAUAUACGAUAAAACAAAAUUGUCGACUCGACAUGUCACGGUCGAAGUAUGAUUGAUGGGUCGUGCACGCCACUGUGCCUUUUAAUUACUAGUAUAAUUGUAAGUUGUAACAAUUGUAUAAUACCGACAUGUUAACGCAUUCUUGACUCGAGUCUUUGGGCAGUCUAUCAAGUAGGCUUUGGAGACGAAUAAGGAAAUUGAUCUACCUUCCUUAUACAUAUACAUACAUUUUGUUUUUAUUUUACUUGACACGAUGCUUUUGUCCGUAUACUUAUUCGAUAUACGUUCAGAAUCGGAUGACGUAACGAAGAAAAUAACAAAUGUAAUUAUAACGUUGUAAAUACUAGAUGCAAUCGGUGUACCUACUUUUGAUGAAAAAGUUGAGACGAAGUUAUUUACACGUUAUCUAUGUCAUCCGGUUCUACAUUUGCAUGACCGUUGACUCUGAGCGUAAAUCGAGCCGUCGUCGUUGUACCAGUAUAACGAGGUUUUGCUUUUCAACGUGUUAUUUUAACGCGUGUUUGAAUUUCCAACCGGCAUAUUUUUCCCUCUGCGACCCUCCCUCAUCCCUCAUCCCUCAUCCCUCAUACCUCAUACCUCAUCCUUUGAUUUUUUUUAGAAAAUGUAUAGUUACCGAUGUACUAGACUCGAAUAUUUCUUCCUCCUGCUGCCGGAACAAGCUCCGUUAAUGUAUUCGUUUCGCAAGUAUGCCGGUUAUCCGGGAUUUCUGUAUAUUUAUUGUUAAACACGUGAGAAACAAUCUGUAUUUGUAUUUCGUAGAAUCGACUGUGAUAAGAAGAAAACAUAUACGACGAAAGAAAUAAAGUACCGUGAGAUAUCACGGUCAUAUGUUGAAAGGUUGAACCAUUAA